AUGAACUGCCCGUCCAGAACAGACGACGAUAUCCUCUGGCACCCCGGAUGGAACCAGAACCCACCACGCUUCGCCGCUGAUCUUACAACGUGCGCUGAUCUCAACGGCAUCGCCAACGCACGGGAGCUGGGUGAAGCAGAUCAGCUGUGCACCUCACGCAACUUGCGAGCCUGCCAAGUCGACCAUUUCAAUGGCCAAGAAAUAGACAAGGACAAAGCCAUCGCCAUGGGCGGGGGUGUCAAAGGGUCCUCAAAAGGACCUUGCACCCGAACAACCACGCAUUUGACCAAGUGCCAAGCUAGCCUCACCGACAUUGUCGUCGGUUGGGCCAAAUGGCUGGUCUCCGUACUUUGUACUUCAAUCUUCAUUUCUUAUGCCAGCGGCAACUUGACCGCGCCCAAGUUUGUCGUAUCUCAGGAUGCCCCCUUCCAACGGCUUCCAAGACGAAGCACUUGUGAGAAUGGCAAGGCGCACCCGGAAUACGACCUCGCCCUCCAUGUUGGCGGUCUUUUCAUUAUUCUCUUUGUAUCGGGAACAGGCUGUGCCUUUCCCAUGCUCGUGCUCAAGUUUCCUCGUCUGCGCAUUCCUCCAUCUUUUCUCUUCGGCGCUAAGCACUUUGGUACCGGUGUCCUCGUCGCAACCGCCUUUGUGCAUCUGCUUCCCACGGCCUUUGGUUCGCUGGGCGACCCUUGCCUGUCUAGUUUCUGGACUACAGACUAUCAGGCCAUGCCCGGCGCCAUUAUGCUAGCUAGCGUUUUCUUCGUCACCUUGAUUGAAAUGACAUUUUCCCCUGCUCGCCAUGUCUGCGGUGGUAAUGAGGGCGUAGCAGCCGUCUCGCGUCCGAAAAAGGCGCCUGAUGCGGAGAUGCCUGACGCAGAGAUGGAAGAGCAGCCUACUCCGCCGCAGAUGGGGCUAGAGCGAACCUACUCGGAAUCAAGCAUGCGCGUCCGUGAUCUUGGUACGUUGAAGGGCAGAGUCGGGAGCAUCAGUAGAACGUUGUCCCGCUACCGCGAAGAUGGCCAAAGACUCGAUGCCAUUGAAUCCGCCGGCGGAUCAGAAAUCGGCGAAGCGCCAGUUGAACUCAAAAAGGUGGAAAGUACUGAAUAUACUCCUCAACCUGACCAUGAAAGCGGCGACCACGAGCAUAUCCUCUCACCCGAGCAAAUUCACCGCAAAGCCGUCAUGCAAGUCUUUCUCCUGGAAAUGGGUAUUCUAUUCCACAGCAUCUUCAUCGGCAUGUCCCUCGCCGUCUCCGUAGGCAACGAUUUUACCGUCCUGCUCAUCGCCAUUGUAUUCCACCAAACAUUCGAAGGCCUUGCCCUCGGCGUCCGCAUCGCAGAUAUCAAAUGGGGCCCCAAAUCUAUCCAGCCCUGGCUCAUGGCUCUCGCAUACGGUUGCACCACACCAGGUGGAAUGGCCAUUGGUAUCGCAACCCACACGCUUUACUCGCCCGACUCGGAAAUUGGACUUCUUGUGGUUGGCAUCAUGAAUGCUAUAUCUGCGGGUUUCCUGGUUUAUGCGUCGCUGGUUGAACUCAUGUCGGAGGAUUUCCUGAGCGAUGAGAGUUGGAAGGUGCUUAGGGGCAAGCGCAGGGUGUAUGCUUGUUUGUUGGUGUUUGUCGGCGCGUUUUUGAUGAGCUUGGUGGGAGCUUGGGCGUAA